AUGGCUACAUUGGACGUCGAAAAAGCGCGAUCUCAUUUCCCAAUUCUCUCGUCUGGCUUCAUCUUUGCCGACAAUGCAGGAGGAUCUCAGGCAGCAAAGGAAGUCGUUGACAUGAUUAGCGAUUACCUCCUAAACACAAAUGUCCAACUCGGAGCUGAUUACUCGUUUGGCGUGAAAAGCACUACGCGUGUCUUGGUAGAUGGGCCACGCGAGGCCGCGAAACUUUUUAACGCUCGAUACCCGGAUGAAGUCGUAUUUGGCAGCAGCUCUACUCUGAAUCUGGAGAACCUUGCACGGGGUUUGGAAAAGGACAUUCAUCCUGGAGAUGAAUUCAUUAUCACAGGGGAGCAUGAAGCGAAUGUUGGUCCCUGGAAAAAAUUGGCCAUACGCAAGGAUGCUGUCAUCAAACACUGGCGCCCAACCCCAACCAUCCCCGAUAACCCCUAUUCCGUCAAACUCAAGAUCGAGGAGCUCCUUCCUCUCAUCACUUCCAAGACACGUAUUGUUGCCAUCACUGCUUGUUCAAACGUUCUUGGAUCUAUAGUGCCCGUGAAAGAAGUCGUCAAAGCCAUCCGGGAAGAAGCCAAACGGAAAGGCUCAGAGAAAGUGGAGAUAUCUGUCGACUGUGUCGCUUAUGCGCCCCAUCGAUUGAUCGACGUGCAGGAUUGGGACGUGGACUUCUGUACAUUCUCCUUCUACAAGGUAUACGGACCUCACAUCUCCGGCAUGUAUGUACGCGCUUCUGUGCUUGAACACUCUAUAUCAUCAAUCGUGCACCACUUCAUCAAGGCAGACAAGGUGGCAUACAAGCUUCAGCCAGGAGGUCCAGGAUAUGAAAUUGUAUACGGAGCUACGGGCGUCAUUCCGUACCUGCUUUCCUUGACGCCCCACAACGACCUCAAAGAAUCGUUCAAGGCAAUUGCAGCCCAUGAGCAAACCUUGAUCGAACCUCUACUCUCGUUCCUCACGGACCCAGUUCAACGGGAACGCGGUGUUCGCGUAGUUGGUGAGGAGACCGUUAACCUGGACAGGGUACCUACCAUCAGUUUCGUCGUGGUCGGUCAGAGGCCCAUUAAGAGCAAAACAAUUGUUGGAGUAUUUGAUAAGAAGGGUGGAAUUGGCAUUCGAUAUGGCCAUUUUUAUGCGCACACCCUAAUUGAUGAAUUAUCACCCAAACUGGAUACAAACGAUGGAGUUGUUCGGAUCUCUCUCGUUCAUUACAACACCGUAGAGGAGGUUCACAAGAUUAUUGCUGUCCUGAAAGAGAUCUUUGAGGCUUGA